GAACAUCCAAAAUCACUUGUUUAAAGCCAACUGAUUACUGCUACAAUGCGACAGCGAAUGUCUCACAACUCAGCCAACUAUCGAUGGCCGGAUGUUCAACGAUUCGAUGCUCUGCGAGUCGGAAUAAGUGCAUCAACUACACAUACAAUGGGCGGGAAAUCAAGUUCUGUUGUUGUAACUCCAGGAACUUUUGCAACUCGAAAUAUUCGGUAA